AUGAGCCUUAAUGACCCUAGUGUUGUCGACACUCUUAAAGUUCAAGUAACCAACCAGCAAGUUUCUAAGGUGUCCCGUAACUCGAUUGCUAGCGCACUCAAUUCAUGCAUUGAGAAAGCGGGCAGGGGGGGUUAUGCCCAUCCCGCCGAGCUCUUCCCUGCACCGCAAACUUUGCCCUACUACCUUCUGCUUCUGCUUUUGGUGCCCUGCCUACUAGUCCCUUCCGUGGAAGCUUGGAACGUUGCUACUACUACUGCUGACUCUCUGCCCACCACCCAGACACCCUCUACCACUCUGAAGUCUUCCACCUACGACGCUGUGACCCCCAACACCACAACACCACACCACACCCUGGCUGCUGACACCACCAGUACUUCUUCCAUCACAACCACAACCCGCGCAUCUAUCAGUGUAUUCCGCGAGCCUUGUCUUCCCGCCACAGAUGUCCACACAGUCAGGGAUGUCAGUGUUACAAAGUCUAGUGAACUGCGCCACAAAGUCAAUAAAACUCAUGUUCAAACAUCCGCUGUGCUCCACCAGAGUUCUCAAGGGACGGUUAUUGCCAAGAAUGUGGUGUUUGACGUGGAAUCUUUAGAUUCGAGCACCCCAUUUUUUGGUAAUGAGACCUACCUCGGGGAGGAGCUGGGCGUGGUGUGGUCGAGGACGGACGUGGGGCUGACAGUGUUAAAAGCGAUAGUGAUGUGUACCAUUAUAGUAGUGUCUGUGUUAGGUAAUGUGCUGGUUAUCGUAAGCGUGGCGCUCCACCGCCGCCUCCACUCCACCGCUAACUACCUGCUCGUGUCCCUAGCCACAGCCGACAUGCUCGUCGCUCUUUGUGCCAUGACCUUCAACGCCUCCGUCGAGCUAUCUGGGGGCCGCUGGAUGUUUGGCCGCCUCAUGUGCGAUUUGUGGAACAGCUUCGACGUGUACUUUUCGACAGUGUCCAUCCUGCACUUGUGUUGCAUCAGUGUGGACCGUUAUUACGCCAUCGUACGUCCACUGGAGUAUCCCCUUACUAUGACUCGCCGCAUCUUGACCAUCAUGCUGGCCCACUGCUGGCUGGCGCCCACGCUCAUAUCAUUCCUUCCCAUCUUACUUGGUUGGUACACCACUGCUGAGCACCUCCGAGAUCGAGACACACAACCCUAUGUCUGCUCGUUUGUUGUAAAUGCUGUCUUUGCUCUGGUAUCGUCAGCAGUGUCAUUCUGGGUUCCUUGCACUGUCAUGGUGGUGAUGUAUUUUCGUAUAUUUCAAGAAGCACGUAAACAAGAGCGAGCACUACUGUUCCGUGCCUCGUCAGCAAACUCUGCGGCUUACUCUUCCUCCAUCAGAAGAAAUGCUCCCCCACACCAACAGCAAGACCAGUCGACCCUGACGCGGCAACAACUGCUGGUGGCACUACAGACAACACCCUUCACGCCGGCAAAUCGCCACCAGGAAUUUCUCAUGAAGACCUUCACCGACGGUUCGUCAACAGCAUCCGUGACGACAGCGUCAUCGGGAGUACCGUCGGUGGGUCCCUCCGGCAGCAGCAGUUCCCGCAGCAGCAGCGGCGGUGUGACUAGUGUUGUGGCUGCGGGCAAUGGAACGGGCACCAGCAAUAUGGCCAAAACUAGUGGUACUAACAGCAGCAACAGUGGUAGCGGGUGGAGGAACGCCCGACAUGGCAGCACGGCCUCAUGGCACGGUCCUUCACGGCACAACUCCCAUAUGCCUUGCAACCGUCGCAUGCACAGCACUCCUCUGGUGGCUACUAAGUCGGGGCCCCUACCAGUGGGCCGGCGGGAACACAAAGCUGCCCGUACGCUGGGGCUCAUUAUGGGCGCCUUCGUGUUGUGUUGGCUUCCUUUCUUCACCUGGUACGUGAGCAUUAAUGUGUGUGGGCCCACAUGCCGAUGCCCCCACGCCGUCGUCACAGCUCUCUUCUGGAUCGGUUACUUCAACUCCACGCUCAAUCCUUUCAUCUAUGCCUACUUCCGCACCGACUUCCGCGAGGCUUUCCACCGAACUCUCAAAAGAAUGAGCUGCUGCCGACCACGCCAGCCGGCCGGUGUGUUCGUGUAAUCCUCAACUCGCCUCUUUCCUGCACAGCCUAAGCCACGGUGCUAGUCAGCAGAACAACCUGUUUUUAUUCUGAGCAGCAACCUGGAAAUUGUGAGCUUAAUACACUUGGUUAUGUCGGCGACUACAAGUGUCCGUGUACAAUAAUCUAGUCAUAUAGUCACCCAAAUGUUAUUAAAAGUACAGUCUGAUUUUCCCUCAGACACAGAUUACACCAAGACAGUUGGGUGAUAGGUGGAGUGUUAACCAUAAUGAUUUGUAUAUAGAAAUUCCAGGAAAUGUAUAUUUAUUUAUACUGUAUUUUGUGUAAAGUGAACAUAAUGCUGUUGAGCGAUGCGUUAUUAUAUUUAUUAAGGAAAAUCCAUUUUAUUAAGGUCUGAGAUUAUUUCGCCUAUCGCUCAAAAGUGAUAAUGAGGACAACCUCGAUAAUCUGCAUGUCUGGUACAAUAAGUACAAGUAACAAUUAUUGCCUCUGAGACUAGAAUAUACACUGUUUAAAUGGUCACUCCAAUUUUAAGUUCGGUCAAGGCAGAGUGUAAUCACUUUCGACAGUUCGGUCGAACACUACAAACUACGGCUCUCUGGAUAUUUCAUGUGUAUUACUUGAUUUUAUAGAUGUUUUGUCCUGAAUUUCACAUCCUUUCAAUUUUCCUAUAGAAAAUAUCCCAGCAGGUAAACAUGCUUUCUGUAAAAAAAAUAU